UUCGCGACAGACAGCUGUCAAUGUGCACGUCACAAAAAAUCUUGUUCGAUAAGUAUUCAACUGGAUGACUGUAUAAAAACGAUCUAUGCAAUAGGUAGUACUCGAAGAGACACGCAUCGGUGACAUCGUUUUCGUUUCUUUCAAAGCAUCCCGAUGAAUAAACGCGUGUGAAUUUUUUCCAGAUAUCUUCCGGGUGUCACUGUUGGGACUGGAUUUGUGGAAUGACAUUGACAUAUAAGUGCGCGGGAAUUUCGACUGACUUGUUCAUGAAUUUGUGGGUUUUAGUAGAGCAGUGUUAUGUUGAAGCUAUGUUGGGUGAAAGUAAAUUGUAAGAUUUAGUGUAGCAUCUGUGACGUAUUCGUUGCCAGUAUAUCAUAUGCCCUCGCGCAAAUGUCAUAUAUGCGAAGAAUUUAUUUCCGCACAAACUGGUCUGUUACAUUUUCAAGGAUUUGUUGAUAUAAAGAUAAAAUAACACUUAAGAUGGGGUUUAAUAUGAAAGAAGGUGGGUUCGGGGUGAGUGAUUACGUGGCGUUCGGGAUCCUCUGCGCCGCUUCCUGCACAGGCGGGCUGUGGUACAGCGCAGUCGGCUCGCGAACCAAGGCGGUAGUGGAUGUUAAAGACUACCUCCUAGGAGGAAGGUCCAUGUCUACAUUUCCAGUAGCAAUGUCACUUAUAGCCAGUUACGUAUCCGGCGUAACAAUCCUAGGAACCCCUGCGGAGAUCUACAACUACGGCACACAAUACUGGUUGGUGAUCUUCGGAGUGAGUCUCAGUUGUGUCGUGGUGGCUACGGUGUAUCUGCCAGUCUUCUGUACUCUUAGAUUGUCCUCGUCGUAUGAAUAUCUAGAGUUAAGAUUUAACCGCCACGUGAGAGCCGUCGCCUCGAUUUUGUUCUUGUUGGACGAGGUACUGUUCCUGCCAAUGGUGGUAUAUGUUCCAGCAUUAGCGUUUAACCAAUUGACUGGUGCCAGUGUGUUUGUCGUGGGUGGCUCUAUGGUUGCAAUAUGCGGGCUUUACACAGUAUUGGGUGGUCUUCGAGCGGUAGUAUGGACGGACUCGGUACAAACCAUGAUAAUGUUUAUCGGUGUGGUGCUGAUCGCUGCGGCGGGCACCAUCGCCGUCGGCGGAGUGAAGGUGGUCAUCGACAUAGCCAGCUCGGCGGGCAGGCUUGAAUUAACCAACUGGAGUUUUUGUCCAUACGAGCGGCAGACCGGUUGGGGCGCAAUCGUCGGAGGUUUCUUGUAUUGGACGUGUUUCAACUCCGUCAACCAAACUAUGGUGCAGCGAUACAUCGCCUUGCCUACUAAAAGGAAGGCUAUUACCGCGUUAGGUAUAUUUUGCAUCGGCGCAAUAUUCGCGAUAUCUCUGUGCGUGUGGUGCGGCCUGUCCGCCUUCGCGGCGUGGAUCUCUGGCGGCUGCAGUCCAGGCGCAGCACCGUUGGUGGACGAUAGACUGCUGCCCGCCUUCGUCACGUACGUGGCCAGGGUCCAGCACUUGCCUGGACUCGCUGGCGUGUUCCUGGCUGGUGUGUUUGGAGCUGGACUUAGUUCGUUAUCAGCGGUGUUGAAUGCCUGUGCGCUGGUGGCGAUAGAAGACAUCCUCCGAAGCUGGCUGCGUUUAAAGUUGAAGCCGUUGCUUGAAGGCUUGCUGGCGAGACUCGUCACCGGCUUGCUUGCAGUUAUAUCCGUUUUAAUGCUAAUUGUUAUCGCAAAACUGGGCGGUGUUCUUGGUGUAGCAACAGCGUUAUCAGCUAUAGCAGCGAGUACCACGUGCGGUAUCUUCACGCUGGGCAUGGCGUGCUGGUGGGUGGGGCCCAAGGGUGCUAUAGCGGGCGGCAUCGCGGGGGCGCUUGUGGCCGGCACCACGUCCAUGGGCACCCAGGCGGCUGCAGCUAAAGGGUUGAGGGCACCCCCUCUCAACAUCACAAUGGAGUGCGCCAGGAAUGGCUCCUUUGUUUCAGUCACUGACAAAUUGGACCCGGAGACAAUAUUCCCGCUGUUCCGGAUCUCGUACCACUGGAUAGCUCCGCUAGGCCUCGCCGCCACCCUCGUGACGGGAGCGCUGGUCGGCUGGUUGUUCGACAACAAGCAGGCGAUCAAGAUGGACGCGGAGCUGUUCACGCCGGUGAUAUGGAAGUGGCUGCCGAAGGAGGCGCACGACAACAUCGGCGAGACGCGGCGCGCGCGCGCACGCGCAGACGAGCCGCCGCCGCACGCCACGCCGCUCAUACUCGCCAGGGCCGAUAAGAUUGAACUUAACGGCGAGGCCACAAGAUGAGGUGAGGAGGGGAUAGUAAUGAAUUUUUUAGAGGAAACGUUGUGAUUGAAAGCUUGUGACAAGGAUUCUAGUCACAAGGACAUAAUAUGGUGAUCGUGUACACUAAAACAUGUGAAGGAAAACUUGCAAGAUGGAAGGAAAACUUAUUUAUAAAAUUGAAUUUCGCAAUACUCUAUAUUUGGUUUAAUUUGUUAAUACUGAAAUGUUUCCCUCUCAGAUUAUAAGUCAAUUUCCGCAUACCUUGUAAUUAUUUUUAAUAAUGCUUUUUACAGGUUGACAGUAAAAUUGUAAACAUAUUGUCUAAAAAACAAUAUGCUGAAGUAGUCAUGUUAAUACAAAGUGUUGUUCAAAUGAACACCGAUUAAACUGUGAAAUAAUUAAUUAUAAUUGCAAAUAUUGGCACACGUCCGUUUGAUGUUCAUUUGUAUUUGCUUUAUAAUUUUGGUUAUAGUGAGUCAAAUUACUCUCUAACAAAAAGCGGUUAUGUCGUUAAUAAAGUUUGUUAAUGUUAUUUAUAUAAAACAUAAUUUAAAUAUUGAAUACUACAUUGUUACUACUAAAGCAUAUUUUCAUUACCAGAAAGCACAAAUAAUUUUUGCAACGCCAUGUUUGUAAAAUGGUAAGUAAAUACGUUUCCAAAGAAGUCUAGUGCGAGUCCGAAUCGGAGUGAUUUUCUCACAGUAGGGACCAAUUGAUUUGUUUGCGGUUGUUGUAAAAUAUUGUUGGAUAUUGUUUUUCGAAGUCCAGAAUGCGUUUGUUGCAUAUUUUAUGAUUGUAACAAUAAAUGUAUAUUUUGGUAUUGUGAAGGCGACACAGGGAAAGAUUUAUUGGGUCCAAUUCGUUAUAGGUUGGAUGUUCUUGUGUAAAUAAAGUUUAUAUCUUUAAAGAGCGGACAGUUAUCGAUGCUGUGAUAUCGAUUGUUGCAAUCGAUUCUAUCGAUAAAGAGUAUAUUUCAUUUCAUUCACGAAGACGCGCCCCACCACCUUUUGAGCGGGGUGUCGCGGGGUAAGGGGAUUGAUUCAAGCAUCAACCUCGACGCUAUCCAUCGUAGUGUGCGUGUGCACGCAUACUUCUCACGCACACUGUCAGUGAUUAGAGAAAGUAGUGGGGCGCGUCUUCGUCGAUGAAAUUAUUUAUUAAUAUUCGAAUUGUUUGAUUGUGAGCAAAUUCUAAUUAAAGGCCACCAGAAUACAUAUUCAACUGUGACAAUAAUGUCUAGGUGCUAGGAUCGUGCCUUAUUUCCUACGUUUAUAGGAGAAUAAUAUCGGUGAAAUUCUAAUAAUACGUAAACCCAAUAAGUACUUUAAUAUUACAAUACUGUGUGUGCUAUUUUUACAUCAAAUACAAGAAGCCGAGUCAAAGAAGAAAGAUAUAUUUGAUGUAAAGCCUGCAUACAUAAGACAUUGAAAACAAUGUAUAAGAUGUACAUGUAUUGUUUUAAAUAAAGCAUUUCAUUCAGCAAACGCCAAUCAACUAAAAAGCUCAAAGGUACGACGCAUUGUUAGAAUUUCAGUGAUAAUGAAUAUAAUUGUGUAUUUGUUUAAAUUUUGUAGUAUUAAAUUGUACUUACAUAAAAUGUAGAAUUAAUGUUGUUAAUUUAGUAUAUUCUGUAGAGUGUAGAUUAUUUAAUAUUCCGUAUUUAUUAAUACCCGUAUGUUGAUUUAAUAUUAUAAAUUCGUUAUAUUUAAGUUUCUUUAAUAUAUUUAUUUAAUUAUUUCUUAAUAAACAUUUCUCAUACAGGCAGCUCUCCAACGCGAUAUAAUUAUAUGUUUUUUUUAAGUAAUUUAAAGCGAUUUUUUGGCCAUAUUAACAGCAAAUUCUUCAAAACUGCAUUCUUACAGUGCAAUGUAAACAUUAAAUAUAUUAUAGUGCUUUGUUGUAGAAAAGUAUUUAUUACUAAAGUAUUGUUAAGUAUUUAAAAUUUUAAAACGGUGAAGGGCUGAGUUACUCGAAUUUUAUUCAAGAACGCGUAAAAAUAUUUUAUGAAUGUAGUUUAGUAUUAUUUGUAAAUAUUUAUUAUGUAUCUAGUUAUAUCUACAUCACUUACUGUAAAUGUAUCUAAUGAUAUAUGAAAUGAUCGUUGUAUUAUAUAUUAUGGAUUAAAAAUCUGUAAUGAAUUAUGUACCGUCAUACAAUGGUAUAAAUUAGAAAUUCAAUUUUCCGUAACUUUAUCAUAUAAGUUGUGGCUAAAAACUAACAUCGGGUAAACAAAAAUACUUCACCUAUAAAUUCAUGGCUAAUUUUGUUGAUAAAGGCUUUGUUUUAAUUUACACAUAGGUAUAUUUAUUGGGUUUCUUAUGAAAACAGAACACGCUGUACCUUAUCGUAAAAAUAUUAUUCAACCAGUUUGUUCAAUACUAUUUUACUUUCAUGGAUUUUUAUUAAUAAUUUUUGAUUUUGUAAACAAUACAACCAGUAUUGGAAAUCAUUUUUGCAAUAAUAUGCUGUAGUUUCUAGUGGCGAAGGGUGAAAUUUUUCUAAAGGAGAGCGAAAUGUAGGUUACUAAUAAUAAUCCGAUUUUAGGCCACUGUGCUAUAGAUACUAAUUAUUCAUUAGCUAAUAAUAUCAUUUAUUUUAAUAGUUUGUUUACAUAUAUUACGAAAGUGAAGCCGGUAGGAAUCCGCUCAUAUGGACCCUUCACCACUGGUACUUUGCAAAUACUCACCAACUAAUAACUAUGGACUCCACAGUAUGCUUAAUAUUUAUUUUAAUAGUUUGCUUACAUAUAUUACGAAAGAGAAGCCGGUAGGAAUUGCUUUUAUGGACUCUACGCCACUGGUACUUUGCAAAUACUCACCAUCUAAUAACUAUGGAGUCCACAGUACGCUUAAUAUUUAUUUUAAUAGUUUGUUUACAUUUAUAACGAAAGGGAAGCCGGUAGGAAUCCGCUUAUAUGGACCCUUCACCACUGGUAUUUUGCAAAUACUCACCAUCUAAUAACUAUGGAGUCCACAGUACGCUUAAUAUUUAUUUUAAUAGUUUGUUUACAUAUAUAACGAAAGGGAAGCCGGUAGGAAUCCGCUUAUAUGGACCCUUCACCACUGGUAUUUUGCAAAUACUCACCAACUAAUAACUAUGGAGUCCACAGUACGCUUAAUAUUUAUUUUAAUAGUUUGUUUACAUUUAUAACGAAAGGGAAGCCGGUAGGAAUCCGCUUAUAUGGACCCUUCACCACUGGUAUUUUGCAAAUACUCACCAUCUAAUAACUAUGGAGUCCACAGUACGCUUAAUAUUUAUUUUAAUAGUUUGUUUACAUAUAUAACGAAAGGGAAGCCGGUAGGAAUCCGCUUAUAUGGACCCUUCACCACUGGUAUUUUGCAAAUACUCACCAACUAAUAACUAUGGAGUCCACAGUACGCUUAAUAUUUAUUUUAAUAGUUUGUUUACAUUUAUAACGAAAGGGAAGCCGGUAGGAAUCCGCUUAUAUGGACCCUUCACCACUGGUAUUUUGCAAAUACUCACCAUCUAAUAACUAUGGAGUCCACAGUACGCUUAAUAUUUAUUUUAAUAGUUUGUUUACAUAUAUAACGAAAGGGAAGCCGGUAGGAAUCCGCUUAUAUGGACCCUUCACCACUGGUAUUUUGCAAAUACUCACCAACUAAUAACUAUGGAGUCCACAGUACGCUUAAUAUUUAUUUUAAUAGUUUGUUUACAUUUAUAACGAAAGGGAAGCCGGUAGGAAUCCGCUUAUAUGGACCCUUCACCACUGGUAUUUUGCAAAUACUCACCAUCUAAUAACUAUGGAGUCCACAGUACGCUUAAUAUUUAUUUUAAUAGUUUGUUUACAAAUAUUACGAAAGGGAAGCCGUUAUAAAUCGCUUAUAUGGACCCUUCGUCACUCGUACUUUGCAAAUACUCACUAACUAAUGGAAUCCAUAGUACGCUGGUACCAUGUUCUGUACUGAAGCUACAUGGAGAGCGAGCAUUGUCACUCGCUGUCACACCAUUAGCACCCUCAAUACAUUUUAGUGUUUCAUCACCUCGAAUAUGACUUACAUUUUUUUUGCUAAGGUCAUAUGCUUAUUUUUACGUACAUAUUUAUAGAAAGUAAUAAAUUAUUUGUGAAAUGUAUUGCAAUAAUGAAUUACUGAAAUGAAUGUUAAAUAUUGUUGUACAUAUUAGGGGAAGCAUGAUAACAAUGUAUUAUUUCUAUAUAGAUUUAUUGUAUGACAUAAACCUAUAUAAUAGGUACCUGAAGCUAUAAAUUCAUUAUACAUAUAUAGAUAUAACAUUGGUGAUGAAUGUUUUACAAAUGGCUGUUAAUAGGAAUUACAAUAACGGCAACUGGCUGCAAUUCAUAUUCAGAUGUCGUGUACAAAUGGGGAAUUAUUUCAAUGACGUGCCACGAUUCCGUCUUGAUAAAGUUUGGAAAGUUAUAAAAUUGCGUGGAAUUGUAAGAAGACAAAAAUAAAGGUUUUGUCACAUUUAAA